GCAGUGUUCGUAUGUAUGAGAAGGCGGAGUUCGACGCUGAGGACCGAAAGAAAUAAACGGAGGCGCUUAGCGAGCGCGAGGAGAAACACACGGACGCUCGCGGAAGACACGCGCUCUCUACCUGCGUAUCUAACGAAUAGACGUGCUUGUCCAGGUGUGUCCCUCACGAUGUGUGUCUCCCUGCACCUGUGCGUGUUGCUGGCGGUGUGUUCUCUGAGUGUGUCUGCGUCCCCGUCUUACGGAGAACGAGGCUCUGAUCUGGGCCUGCAGCUGUUCCUGCGUGUGGUCCAGGACAAACCCCUGGAGAACGUGGUCAUGUCCCCUCACGGCGUGGCCUCUGUCCUGGGCAUGCUGCUCCCGGGGGCCCACGGGGACACUCGCCGACAGAUAGUCACCGGCCUCAAAUACAAGAGGACGGGUCCAUAUAAGAUGUUGCGGAAGUUGCAUAAGGCCCUAACGACCAAAUCCAACGCUGAUAUUGUGACGAUCGCCAACGCGCUGUUCCCCAAUGAGGGCUUCAGCAUGAAAGAAGACUUCCUGACAGCCAACAGGGAGAACUUCCUGUGCCACAGUCAAACCAUUAAGUACAGCGACCCAGAGAAGGCUGCAGAAACCAUUAAUGAAUGGGUGAAGAACAGCACUAAAGGUCAUAUUCCCAGUCUUGUCCAGGCGGAUAUGUUCGAUCCGGUUCUGACUCGUUUGGUGGCUGUCAACUCCAUUUACUUCAAAGGCUUGUGGAAGUCCCGUUUCCAAGCCCAGAACACCAAACCCAGAAGCUUUACUGCAGGAGACGGAAAGUCAUACAAAGUGCCCAUGAUGUCCCAGCUCUCCGUCUUCAGCUUCGGUCAAGCCAGCACUCCAGAAGGUUUGAAGUACACAGUGAUCGAGCUGCCGUAUCAUGGUAAUAGCAUGAGCAUGUUCAUUGCGUUGCCGUCAGAAGAGGCCACGCCCCUGUCGGCCAUCUUACCUCACAUCUCCACGGCGACUGUCCAGAGCUGGACCAAACAGCUGGCCCCGAGGAGGAUGCGUUUCCUGAUGCCGAAAUUCACAGCCGAGGAAGAGCUGGAUUUGGAGGCUCCUCUUACAGCGAUGGGAAUCAAAAACAUCUUCAGUCAGAGCAAAGCUGAUUUCAGACACCUGAGUUCGGAGUUUGUUUACGUGUCCAAAGCCCUUCAGAAAGCCAAGAUAGAGGUCAAUGAGGAUGGAACCAAAGCCUCUGCUGCCACAACUGCAAUCUUGCACGCCCGAUCUUCUCCUCCAUGGAUAGCUGUGGACAGACCAUUCCUGUUUCUUAUCAGACAUAAUUCUACAGGAACCAUCCUGUUUGCUGGCCAGAUCAACAAACCUUGAACCCGGAGAUCAUAGGGGUUUCUUCCUGUAUGUCUCAUCAGUGAUGCACACACACACACACAAACGCAUGGUUUAACUUUUGUCCUUGACUGCGUGUUCUGUACCCAAGUGUCUUUUUACCCUAAUUUUUACUUUGUCUUUGUAUUGCAUUUCUGUUUUCUUUAUAUUCUUGGGGAACAUUUUAUAAGAUUUUAUACAUGGUUUUAAAAUUUGUGUGUCUAAUGCAAAAAUUCUCACAAAAUGUGUGCAACUUAAAUGCUGAGAUGACUUAAGUUUAACUGAGAUCAUUCAUUUUUUGUUCUUAAUCGUGUCAAUGUAUUUGCCAUAUUAUUAAUGCAUUUUCCUUCUUCGAGUUAUAUUUUAUUAAAUAAGGUACUUAAACUGGU